UGGGAGAAAUCGUGCCUACCGAUGACCCGGGGUGGGAUCCAAAUAGCAUUGAGGGGCAUCGGAGAUUGAAAAAGUUCCAGGAACUGUUGUUAGAGGGAGUAAGAACAGGAAUGCCUAAAACAUUAAAUUGGUCUAAGCUGUAUGCAGUAAGACAAGAAAAGAGUGAAUCCCCGUCGGCAUUUUUGGAAAGGCUGAAGGAAGCGGCAAGGAAAUAUACUAGUCUGGAUGUUGAAAAGGAAGAAGGGCAGUUACAGAUAGCCUUGUUGUUUAUGGGUCAGUCACAGGAUGAUAUUUGGAGGAAAUUGCAGAAGCUGGAGGGUGAGGACACCCGGAGGCUAGAUAAACUUUUAGAGACUGCUUGGAAGGUGUAUAAUAAUAGGGAAAAGGAGACAGCAAAGUGACAACAGGCUAGUAUUUUGGCAGUAAUGCAGCAGCAGGCUGGAGGACAAAGAGGCAGAGGACGUGGACGUGGUGGUUUUGGCAGAGGCAGGGGAUUCUUUCUGAAUGCAGGGACCAAUAGGGGGGUACAGAACAGGAGUUUAUAGUAGAUACAGGGGCUACUUAUUCAGUAUUAAAUAAACGUCUAGGACCAAUUAGUGACACUACCAUACAAGUGGCUGGAGCUAUGGGACAACUUGAGGAGAGACCCUUUCUGAAGACCCUCAGUUUAAGGUUUGGUGGGAAGGAACUGGAUCAUCAAUUUUUAUAUAUGCCAAAUUGUCCAAAACCAUUAUUUGGUCGGGACUUAUUAUCCCUACUCAAUGCAAAAAUUAUUUUCGAAGAUGGGAGAGCUAAGUUGGAAAUUCCACAUGAAGAAAUUGGGAAAAUUUUCAUAUUAAAAGAAGCUGAUCUAGUGCCAAUCCCGCCUGAAAUAGAACAGGCAGUAGUCCCUUGGGUUUGGGAAACAGGAGUACCAGUGAAGUCCAAAGCAGCCCAACCUGUAGUGGUGGAAUUAAAAGAAGGGGCACAACCGGUUAGAAUUAAACAAUAUCCCAUUAGGACAGAGGCAAAGCAGGGGGUGGCUCCCACAAUAGCUCAAUUUAUUACUUUAGGAUUAUUACAAGAAUGUGAAUCGGAAUACAAUACCCCUAUAUUCCUGGUGCGUAAGCCAAAUGGUAAGUACAGGCUAAUACAGGAUUUAAGGGCAAUUAACAAAAUAGUUAAGGACAUCCACCCAGUGAUUGCUAAUCCUUAUACUUUGUUAACAUCUGUGUCAGAACGCUUUAAAUGGUUUACUGUGAUUGAUUUGAAAGAUGCCUUCUUCUGCAUCCCACUGGCCGCGGAAAGCAUGAAGUACUUUGCCUUUGAAUGGGAAGACCCUAACACAGGACGAAAGAAGCAGCUGAUGCUGCUUUCCCGUUUUCCCCAGAGAUUCAGACACAGCCCCACAAUCUUUGGCAAUCAGUUGGCCAAGGAACUGGAGGAAUGGAGGACCACCCAGGUGAAAGAACCACCGUAUAGGUAUGUACUCUUGCAAUAUGUGGAUGAUAUCCUGCUAGCUACUGAAGAAAGAGGGGUAUGCCUGAUGCUAACAAUUGCACUGUUAAACAUGUUAGGACAGUCUGGUUACCGAGUAUCGAAGGAAAAGGCACAACUCAUUCAGGAAAAGGUGCUGUAUUUGGGUUGUGAGCUGAGCCAAGGACAGCGUAAACUGGGGAUAAAUCGUGUGGAGGCGAUCUGUUCUAUACCCCUCCCUAGAAAUCAUCAAGAAUUAAGGUCCUUUUUGGGCAUGGUGGGAUGGUGUAGAUUAUGGAUCCUAAAUUUUGGACUGCUUGCAAAACCAUUGUAUGAAGCUCUGAAAGAGCCCAAGCUAGAAUGGAAUACUGAGGAAAAGGCAUUCCAGGAGUUAAAGCAAGCUCUAAAAGAAGCCCCUGCUUUGGGCCUGCCGGACCUGAAUAAAGAUUUUCAACUUUAUGUGAAUGAGAGACAGCGGUUGGCAUUGGGGGUACUUACCCAACGAUUGGGGUCCUGGAAAAGGCCAGUAGGUUAUUUCUCCAAACAAUUGGACACUGUCAGUAUGGGGUGGCCGUCAUGCUUGCGGGCCGUAGCGGCCACUGUCAUACUGAUACAGGAAGCUCGAAAAUUAACAUUGGGAAGGAAAAUAGAAGUGUUCGUUCCCCACAUGGUAUUGACAGUGUUGGAACAGAAAGGGGGACAUUGGUUAUCAUCUAGCAGAAUGCUACAAUACCAGGCCAUUUUGAGGGAACAAGAUGAUGUGGAACUGAAAACAACUAACCAUAUCAACCCAGCUGAGUUUCUCCGCAGUGAAACAGCAGAAGGGGAAUUAGCCCAUGACUGCAUGGAAAUAAUUGAGCAGGUGUACUCCAGCCGGAUGGAUCUGAAGGACACACCAAUGGAAGAUCCCGACUGGGAGUUGUUCACAGAUGGAUCAAGCUUCGUGGAAAGUGGGACCAGGUAUGCCGGGUACUCUGUUGUCUCCACAACCCAAGUUAUAGAAGCCAAAGCAUUACCUCCAGGAACCUCGGCCCAGAAAGCGGAGGUCAUAGGCCUUACAAGGGCACUGGUACUCAGCGCUGGAAAGAAGGUAAACAUUUGGACUGAUUCUAAAUAUGCUUUCGGGGUAGUACACAUACAUGGAGCUUUAUGGAAAGAGAGGGGAUUACUUAGUGCACAAGGAACUAUGAUCAAACAUCACACAGAAGUUUUAGCCUUACUAGAAGCAGUCCACAAGCCAGAAAAGGUGGCCGUCAUGCAUGUACGUGGGCAUCAGAAAGAAGAAGGAAAAAUUUUCCAAGGAAAUCGCCUGGCAGAUUCGGCUGCCAAGGAGGCUGCACGGCUGGUAUGGACCCAGAUGGCUUUGAUCCCUACAAAGGUAACCCCUAUUUCUCCUUACUUAAACAAACCACCACACUACUCAUCAGAGGAUGAGAAGCUGGCCAAAUUGUUGAGGGCACAGAAAAACGCAACUGGAUGGUACGUCACAACUACAGGACAAGUGGUGGUCCCAAAACAAAUAAUGAAUGCAAUCCUUGUUACAGAGCACAAUAAGUGUCAUUGGGGAGCAGAAGUAUUGGUAAAAUUUUUGAAAAAGGAGAUGGUUUCUAACCAGAUGUUAACAAUGGCAAAGCGGGUGAAUGCAAUGUGUCCGGUGUGUCUGAAAAAUAACCCCAUAGUUAGGAAGCAAAUCCAGCUAGGUAGGCUUCAAACUGGGGCAGAGCCAGGAGAUUAUUGGCAGUUAGAUUUUUCAGAAUUACCGAGGGUUCAGGGGUACAAGUAUGUGUUGGUAUAUGUGUGUACUUUCUCAGGAUGGCCAGAGGCCUUUCCCUGUCGUACCAAUCAGGCUAAGGAAGUAAUCAGGACUCUAUUAAAAGAGAUCAUUCCGAGAUUUGGGGUACCAUUGGGAUUGUCGUCAGACCGGGGACCACAUUUUAUUGCUAACAUUGUACAGGAGGUGGCUAGAAUGCUUGAUAUCACUUGGAAUCUACACACUCCCUGGAGACCUCAGUCGAGUGGUCAGGUUGAGAGAAUGAAUCAAACACUGAAAAAUCAAAUAAAGAAAAUCUGUCAAGAAGCCAAAUUGCAGUGGCCGCAGGCUUUACCGUUAGCUUUGCUCAGAAUUAGGAUAAAGCCUAGAGAAAGGGUGGGAGUCAGCCCUUUCGAAAUUCUGUACGGGAAACCGUAUCAUGCAACUACAUUGAGGGGCGACCCACAUGUGUACGGAGAUCAGGUGAUUUUCAAUUAUGUUCUAUCCCUUCACAGAGUUCUCAGCGCCUCUGCGUGGAGCAUUGCAGUGGAAUCGACCACUGCCACUGGAAAAUCCUGUACAUGACAUACAACCAGGAGACCAGGUGUACAUAAAGAACUGGCAAACUGAUCCCCUGAGGGAAGCAUGGGAUGGUCCACAUCAGGUGAUAUUGACAACCUUUACAGCUGUUAAAGUAGCAGGGAUCGACUCGUGGAUCCACUACACCAGAGUCAAGAAAGUUCCUGCACAAUGGGAGACACAAGUACUAUCCCCAACUCAGAUGAUAAUCCGAGCAAAAGAACCACAUUAUUAAUUA